CUUCUGUUCGGCCGAAACCCCAGGCUCCCUGUGGACAUUAUGUUUGGUCUCAAGCCAAGUGACCAGAGCGCAUCACACAGCGAAUAUGCUGCCAAGUGGAGAAAACGCAUGGAAGAAGCAUACCGCUUGGCCUCAGAGACAGCACAAGGAGAGAGAGACCGAGCAAAAGAGCGUUAUGACCAGAAGAGCUUUGGAGCAGAGUUAUAUCCAGGAUGCAGAGUCCUCGUACGCAACAUGUCUGAGAGAGGGGGUCCCGGAAAGCUGAGAUCCUUCUGGGAGGACCAGGUCCAUGUCGUGACUGAGAGAAAACACCAAGACAGUCCGGUCUAUGAGGUGAAACCAGAGAGAGGCUCAGGUCGCACAAGAGUCCUCCACAGAAACAUGCUCCUGCCUUGUGACUUUCUCCCAGUCGAACAGAGCCAACCAGAGAAACCUAAAACAACAAAGAGCAAGUCCAGAACCAAGCACAGAGACAAACGUCAAGUCAAAGCCCAGCUACAAGAUCAGCAAAACAGCUCUGAGGAUGAAGAGGAUAACUGGAGAGUCAUCAGCGCUCCAUCAGCAAGGAAAUAUGGCCAGGUCAGCGGGGACUUGAGAGCUGAAGCAGAGGAAUUCGUGCCACAGCCGGUGACAGCUGAUCCAGAGCCUGAUCUGGAAGAGGAAGAACAGCGCCAGGGCGCAGAGGAGGAUGACGGGUUGGAGCCAGAGGCCAACCGUGAUGAACCAGAGGGAGUGGAGCCGGAUGGGGAGAAUGCGGAAGCAGCAGAUCCAGAGGCUGGAGAGUCGGAUGAAGCAGAUGACAGCGAUCCAGAGCCAUCGAGUGCUGAAACCAGAAAGUAUCCUUCCAGACACAGACACCCCACUAAGACACUCACCUAUGACUCACUGGGACAGCCCAGCAUCACUCCUAGACAUAAGUAAAGUUGAGAUUACACUCCAGUUUAAUAAUUAGUUUGCAUAUUUUUCUUGAAUUUAAGUAAGAGCACAAGUGAAAUGAAUAGUUAGUAUGUGAAUUUGUUUUGUUUUGAAUGCCAGACAUUUACAUUCAGUGACAUUUUGAUAUAUGUGUUGAGUAUAUGACAAUACAACAUAAAGUGUUGGUCACUACUGAGUUUUUAGUACAGGAAAAAGGUCAUAACCUUUCAGUCUGGGUUACACAUUUCCCGCUUCUGAGCGGAGAACAAAAGCAGAUAUACAUAGUGCACGAUGGUAUCAGCUUGAACACAGCCUACAUGGAACUGGGAGAUACAUGUGAUGUGAACUACUGACUUUGAGCAGGACUGUAUCCCUGAUGACUGACUCCUGAGAUCUGCAACUAUUACUCAUCUGUUGGAGACACAAGUGUUCUGGAACAUUCGAAAUGUCAAGAUGACAUUUGUUUUGUAGGGGAGAGUGUGAGAUACAUGAUUAUAUUGCAUUGAGAGACAUGAUUAUUUUGGUUGAAACUGGUUUACCCCCAUAUUAUUUAAUUUGAGACAUUUGAGACAUUAUUGUAUUUUAUUUUAUGUAGAUUAGGAUGUGUUUACAUGAUUCUGAAAACUGUAAUUUUAUUGUGGAACAUGAUUCAUUCACUUAAGCUGUGAAACAGUUUAUCAUUCCUGGUAAUGCACUGAAAUGACUGAGUGACACUCAUUUUAGACAGGCAGUCGUUUGGGCAGCUAAAUUGGCACAUGUGGGUGGCACAGGGGUCCUAAUUCUCAGAAUGAGACCAGAGUUUAAACAGAGUGCAUCUGAUGUCUAAAUGAGCCUGUGUUCGUGUUUUCAGGUGAGCAAUGAAGAGAUAAGGUGUAGAAAUGUUAUGUAGAAGAUGUUAAAUGAAGGUAUAAACUGUGCAGAGUAACUGUGCCGCGAAUGUGUGUGUGGAAUGCAUGUUUGUGGACACAUUAAUUCUAACCUGUUGAUAUACUUACUGCAAUGUCUAGUGGAAGUAUUAAACCUCAUCGGCAGCCAGGGAUGAAUGCAGGGUGAAUGCCAUGUGUGUGAAACGGUUUGAUUAUAGUUAUAUUUAAACAGAGUAAUGUAAUGCAGACUGAUACAUUUCGUUUUUGUGGUUAAAAAGUAUUGUUUUUGGUAACUUUUGAAAAGUAUGGUGAAGAUUAUUUUAUUUUGUUUACAAUGUGAAAACGUUUUAUGGUUACAGUAAUGUGACAUCUGAUUUGGUGGAAAUGAGGGAUAAUUUGAUAACUGGUGAGAUAUUUGACAAAAGAGAGUUGUGAUGAUAUAGUGUUUAAAAGUGAGAAUAUUGAUUGACUGUUGCUAUUUUGAAAUAUGAAUCUGAUGCACCUUUAUUGUUUGUGAUGAUUGAUAAUUUUGAUAACUGAUAAUUCUGAUAUGUUUAUUGAUAAAUGGUGAUUUUGGUUAUUGAUUAUUGUUAAUUCUCAGAAUGAGACCAGAGUUUAAACAGAGUGCAUCUGAUGUCUAAAUGAGCCUGUGUUCGUGUUUUCAGAUUAAACCACCUUAAAAAUCCCUACGCCUUGGAAAAUGAUUCCUUUUAUUCCAAGUGUGUAACAUAAUCUGCCA